AUGUGGGGAGUCGAACUGGACGACGAUACCGAGAGAAAAUACAGCACAUACCUUCGGUUCUGUCUGGUCCAAGGUCUGGACCCAAUUCAGGAAAUUGAGUUUGUUAUUGGGCUGCUCAAAAAGAAUGCCGAAGCCCCUAAACGCGUGCUCAAGGAGGCCUUGGGACAGAUUCAAAAAGAACUCGCAGGAAGUACAACGGAGCAGAAGCUCAACAGUAUCACUUUGAUGAGUGGACUAGCCAUUCCUACCAUGACUCAAAGCGUCAAGGACAGCAUUCUCUGGCCAACAUUCGAUAUCAACCGCGCUCUUGCCAAAGCCGUCCUCGUCAUGCUGGCGACGGAUCUAGCCAUGGACUCGAAUGAAGUCUCCGGGCAUUCUCUUACGGUUUGGAACGAUGCAGAGUCUUUGAAAAGUAUCAUAGAGUCCACUCUACCGAGGCUUCGAGAUUCCACACAUUCGGCCUAUCAGUCUCAAUCGCCCGCCUCGUCUCAGAUUCACCCAGCCAGGCUACGUGUCAAGUAUCUUGCCGAUUAUGCCGAUGUGGAGAUAGUCUGGACAAGACAUCUUCCCGAUCACCUUGAAUUGGAGGGGAAGAAACUGAGGAUCUUCGAGCUUGCGUCGUAUCUUGAACUCUCAAGGAAUGCGAUGAACGAUGAAGCAGGGAUCGGGCUAGCUGACUGCUUGAAACAAGGCUGCUUCACAUCUCAAUUCCUCACAGAGACGCUAAUGACAUACCCGCUGCUCUUCCCGCCCAAAGACAGGCAGUGGUUGAAAUCCCAGAUCAAACCACAUCGCAACUGGACAGGAUGGGGCUGGCCCACCAUGACGACCGCGCUGGACCCAAGACUUGCCGCACCUUUCGACAAUACGCUUGCUACAGACAGAUACCACCGACCCCUUGAAAAUAGCCACGAGCUCUACGAGAGGUAUCCGUACUGGGCCUCACGACUGCACGCUCUCUAUGACGAGGCACAAGAGCCCACCCCAAGCACAGCUCUCGGGAGGUACCAAAAGGUGGGCGGGGAUGUCAACACUCAUUUCUGUAGACAACAAUUGUGA